CUUCUUCACAAAGGGUGUGUGUGGGACAGUGGGAGUGAGAGGGGAAUACAAAAAAGGCAAAGCCCAAACCCUUUUAUUAUUAUUAUUAUUAUUAUUAUUCUUUAUUUAUUUAUCAUUCUAUAUAGUCUCUGCAUCAACCAUGGUUAUGGAUCGAUCGGUUUCGCAUGACUUUCUAACCUCAAAGAAGAGCAAGAUGGUCCCAACUAAUGGAAGCACAUCAAAACCAAAACCUCUCACUCCCAAACCUUGUUCUUCGUCUCUUCAAUUCAUGAAUGAGAUUUUCCCAAACCCUAAUUCAAAUUUUCCCUUACCUUCCCAAUCCCAAUCCCCUUCCCUCCCACCCUCCGAUCGUGGACGUGAAUCUCAGGACGGCAACGUCGACCCACAAAUUGCUCACCACCAUCAACAACUGGGCCUGGGUCUGGGCCUGGGCCUGGGUUCUCCUGGAACUGCGAUUGAGAUUUACGACGUUGACACUGACACAAUUAUUACCCAGUUUUUCGACGACCCAAACUUCGACUUGCGAGGUCUGGGUCAUCAUGGAUCUACCAGUAAACGAGGUGAAAGAGGAGGGCAAGGGUUUCUCAAGAGAGGAAUCGAUAUCUCUGGAAGUGCUCUAUCAAUGGAUGAUAAUGCCAGUGCUAAGCGCAAUAGGAUAAAUAUUGGAAACGACGAUCAUUUUGAUGCCGUUAAAUUUGGCUAUGAAUUUGAAAACACUGCUCUCGUCACCGAUUAUUUUCUUUCGGAGGAAAAUGAUCAAAGAGGGAAAAGAAAGUUGGGUGAUGAAUCUGAUGAUAGCAGUAGCAGUGAAAGGGUUGGUGAUGACUAUGGUGAUGUGGGUCAGAGGAGAUUCAGCAGAGAAGAGAAAAUGAAAGAGCCGCUGAAUGAAAUUGAUUUCUUAGCUACUGUUAUUCUUGAAGCUGAAUCCCAAAACCAGAAUUCAGACGAUGACAGAAACCUUGACAUUGUCCAGAGAGUAGAUGAUAAUGUAGCUUACCAACGAGUGCAUGAUGAUUACAGAAGGAAUAGGAUCGUGGAAAAGUUUCGAGAAAUAGCCAAGGAAAAUGCAUCUCGGUUUGCACGUUUUGCACCGGAUGUUCAAGAUGAUGGGUCAUCUCCCGUGCCUGAAGUGGAACAUGAGAUUGAUGAUAGCCCAACUCCUUUCUCUACAGCCUGGAAAACUGUUAAAGAUCGAUGGAUGAAAGCCACGCAAAAGCGCUGUGCACCUGCAUGCAUUACAUGGGUUCCUAAAAGGAAUCACGAAGAUGUAUGUGCAAGGCUUUCUGUUCCCUCUUUGGAAGAACUAUGCCUAAAAGUUCUUGCCAAUAAUGCUGAUGCAAUUGUUUCACUUGAUGGUGUCCCUGAUGAGCUGAGGCACAGGCUUAGCCAGUUGCUCUGUGACUCUCGCAAAAUUAACAGUCACUUUUUUGAACUUCUUGUCAGUGGGUCUCCUACAGAGAUUAGGCUAAAAGAUUGCUCAUGGUUGUCAGAGGAACAAUUUACCAAAUCUUUUCAAACGUGUGACACUGCCAGAUUGGAGGUGCUACAACUUGACCAGUGUGGACGAUGCAUAUCUGAUUAUGCGCUACAUGCUACUUUGGCACAAUCACCAAUGGCAAGAUUAACUAGUCUGUCCCUCAGUGGUGCAUGCCGUCUUUCAGAUAAGGGGUUGAGUGUACUAGUUUCUUCUGCCCCAGUACUUAGAUCAAUAAAUCUAAGCCAGUGCUCCCUUCUCACAUCUGCCUGUCUCAAUAUUUUGGCUGAUUCGUUAGGAUCACUUCUGAAAGAGUUGUAUCUCGAUGAUUGCCAACUCAUUGAUGCUGCACUAAUUGUGCCAGCAUUGAAGGAACUUGAACAUUUAGAAGUAUUGUCAAUGGCUGGCAUUCAAACUGUUUGUGAUGAAUUUAUCAAGGAUUAUAUCAUUGCACGUGGUCACAACAUGAAGGAGCUUGUUUUAAAGGACUGUAUAAAAUUGACUGAUGCAUCAAUGAAAGUCAUUGCUGAACAUUGCCCAGGGUUGUGUGUGCUUGAUCUUAUGAACUUGUCCAAACUGACAGAUUCAUCCAUACGAUAUCUUACAAAUAAUUGUCGAGCACUUCAUACAUUGAAGCUCUGCCGCAAUCCAUUCAGUGAUGAAGCAAUUGCUGCAUUUUUGGAGACCACCGGAGAAUCCUUGAAAGAACUUUCACUUAAUAACAUUAAGAAGGUUGGCCACCACACAACCUUAUCACUUGCAAGCCAUGCAAAAAAUUUGCAUACUCUUGAUCUAUCUUGGUGCCGAAAUUUGAAAGAUGAUGAGUUGGGUUUGAUUGUAGAUAGCUGCUUCUCGCUGAGGUUCCUUAAACUGUUUGGAUGCACACAGGUAACAGAUGUUUUUCUGAAUGGGCACUCAAACCCAGAGAUUCAGCUCAUUGGACCAAAGAUGUCUCCUUUAUUGCAACAUCUCAAAGUGGCUGAUCCUCAUCAAGGUGCUUUGCGUUAUUCAUCAGUCUCGGUAAAUUAGAUAUAUAUUUGAAUCAGAAAUGAGAUUAUAUAGAUGGAGAAAUUUGGCAUAAUUUUUGGCUAUUCCUUGUCGAAGCAGACUUAACUUUCUGCUAACAUGGUGUUAACUGAAGUGACAAAGAAAUCACUGUGUUGCCCGUUUUUACCUUUUGUUUUAGUGAUGUCUUAGUUGAUUGACUGCAAUAGUCUAAUUGUAAGUGUAGAAGAAUACAUUCUUCCUUGUUGCGCAAGCAUUCAAAGUCAAACAUACAAACUAGCAUAUGCUAGCAGAAAGGAUGAAAAGUUUCGAAACCUUGUGUACGGAGGAUAUGUACACUCUAAAUUCUAAACCUGAACUGAGGCAGAUAAUAAAGUUUUUUCCUGAAAAAAGGAAGAAAAGUCCAGCCCAGGAAUCGGGGGUAUUUGGAUAUGGAAUUCACGACUGUUACUGUUAAGAAGCUAUCCAAUCGAAGCAAUAUUAAUAUCUUGGUGCU